GUUAAUAUAGAUUAAUGGAACACUACAGGAAGAUAGAAUUAAAGGGAAAAGGUAGUUAUGGUCAAGCGAUAUUGGUUUAAAAUAAAUAGGAUAGAAAGUUCUACAUUAUGAAGGUAAUUAAAUGACUAUAAUAGAUAAUAGAUGCAUCCAAGUUUGAUAUCAAAGAAAAAGAAAAUGCACUCAAUGAAAUAGAUGUACUGAAAAAUUUACAUCAUCCAUGCAUAAUUGAAUACAGGGAAUCUUUUGUUGAUAAAAAGUAUGUUCAUUUACCUAAGUUAGUAAAUAUUUAUGUAUUGUGAUGGAUUAUGCAGAAGAAGGAACACUGCAUCAAAGACUUGAAUAACAAAAAUAAAAGCAGGAGUAUUUGAAAGAGACUUAAAUUAUAGAAUGGUUCACAUAAAUUUGCUUGGCUGUCAAAUAUAUUCAUGAUAGACGAAUCAUUCAUCGAGAUAUCAAAACACAAAAUAUUUUUAUUUCAAAAGGAGAAAUAAAACUAGGUGACUUUGGAAUUGCUAAAUCGCUUAUUAAUUCGGAGGAUCUCUGCUAAACUGCCAUUGGAACUCCAUAUUAUAUCAGUCCAGAAGUGUGUUAAAGAAUCCCGUAUGAUUAUAAAUCAGAUAUCUGGAGUCUAGGUUGCAUGUUAUAUGAGAUGAUGGCAUUAAAACAUGCAUUUGAUUCUAAAAGUAUUAUGUUUCCAUAAAUAAAGCAAUGGAGGGAUUAUUCUUGAAAAUUAUCAGUGGAAAAUAUUAGCCUAUGCCCAUCAAUUAUUCCUAAGAGCUCAUCCAAUUGCUAAAAGAUAUUCUAAAUACGGAUCCUUAGAAGAGACUCAAUAUCAAUUAGAUAUUAGACUAUAGAAUAAUUAGAAAAUCUAAAAACGAAUUUGUGCAAAGAAAAACUUAAAAUCUACAAAAGAUACAAUUUAUUUCUGGAUAAGUUAAGAAAAUUGAAAUUCUUUCUGGUAGAAUUAAGCAAUAUGAGAGUGAGUAAAAAGAUUAUGGAGAAUCACUUGCAGAUUAAAUUGAGAAAAUGAGAAUGGAGCUUGAAGAAUAAUUAGGAGUUGAAAAAUUUAUCUUAAUUUACAACUCUUUAGUAUUUUAUUUUAUGAUAAUUAGAUUAGAAAAAUGAGGAAGAUCCUUCCAAUUUUAGUAAUUAGAUUAUAAUAGAUAAAAUCACCUAGCUUCUCUAGUUAGAACAAUUAAUAUUUUGAUAUUUUUCUAUAUAUAUUAAUUAUACUUAUUUUCUUUUUCUUAUUAAUCAAUUCCUAGUCCUAUUUCACUAUAUUUUGA